AUGGUGGUGACAGACCUGUCAGCCUCGCGCAUCAGAUUCGAUGUUUUCGACACCGCGGAUGCUUUGGCGUCUGCCGUCCCAUGGGCUUCUGCUGACAUAGCGCCCGCGGACUUGGCGCGGAAGGCACAAUGGUCCCUGCUGCUCAGCCAUACGGACAGCACCGAGGCCGUCUACGGGGCCACGCCGAACGGCGCAGCGCCGGCGGACGUGCGACUACCAGCGUUUCUGCACCUGGUGGUGACCCGGGAUGGCGAAACCCCGAAGGAGUCGCCUUCAGCAAGCUCGGCGGCCGCGGAUUCGCGCGCUGAGGGCCGCAAGAAGGUGAUGCUCAUCACCCGUGGGACACGGGGCGACGUACAGCCGUUUGUGGCCCUGGCGCGGGGCCUUGCCCUUCACUGCAACUGUGAGGCCAUGGUAGUGACAGAGCUUCGCUGGAAGGACUUUGUCAAGAAGAACGGCUUAGGCGCCGACGAGGGUGGUGACCUUCCAAGGCGCAUCCGCUUCAGACCAUCUGGAGGAGACACGACAUUGAAGGUGCAGUCCAGGGGCGCGCGCUUUGCGAUGACCUUCGGCCAGCACAGCGACACCUUGCAGGCGUUGAUGCUCUCACGCAGCGAGGUGGAGUUCUUUUCCAGCGAAGGCUGCUGCUACUAUUGGGCGAAGAAGGAGCGGCCCGACUUCAUCGUCUUCGGCUUCACACUCACCCACAUCGCCAUGAUCAUUUCGGAGUCUCUGGAAAUCCCCAUCGUCGGCUUCACACUGCAGCCGACGCGGGAGAUCGAGCGCCGGGAGUGGAACGUCCGCAUGCUUGGGGAUGCCCUGGAACCCCUGGCGGCCGCUGUCAACGGUGUGGAGUUCCAAGCCUUCCUCCAGCAAGCCAUGGAGCGGAUUCCCUCGCCCAACACGCUGAACUCCCUCCGCAUUUCGCGCGGGCUCCUGCCGUGCCCAGCUGACAUUGACACGGAGGACCGGCAAACUGCAGAGCUUCUGCGCCAGAAUAUCUGCAAGGUGGUGCCCAUCAGCAGUGAGCUCCUGCCGGACCAGGCGGUCGAUGGAAUGAAGCUCACGGACUUCAUCUUCUUGCACGAGAAUCCCACGCAAGGCGCGAAGGAACUCCUGCGCGAAGUUGAGCAGUUCAUUGAGAAAAACAAGAAAGCGGGAAAAGCUGUUGUUGCCAUGACCUUCUCUUCCAUGCCAGUUGGGAAGCGGAAAAUGCUUCAGAUCGCAGCGGAGCUGGUGCGGCAAGAGGUCGCCUGCAUCGUCCUCGCAGCUGGGCAGCCGGAGGCCGCAAAAGCAUGCUGCGGGAUGUUCUAUCAGAACACUUUCAGAAUGCAGCAGUAUAGCAAUAGAAUUGUUAGAAUGCGCACGUAA